AUGAAGUCUCUAAAGAAGGAUUCCCGCCUCAAAAUAACUCCAGCCAGAUUAUUAGAGGCCGCAGAGAGCUUCAAAGAAAAGAAGCGGGCAAAGGGACCUGAACAACCCACACCCCCAAUUCAGGAAGAGCCUGAACCUGUUAGCAAUGUCCUACAAGGAGAUGACAUUCUUGCUUUGGCCAUUAAGAAGGAAGACUUGAAGGAGCAACAUAUUCCUCGCCUUACUGAAAAGGAAGAUAAACGCGUCAUUACCCAGAAAUUUAUCAUCCGUAAACUCAAACCCACGGAUCCUAGGAGGAAGGUCUGCCACCUUGUAGCACGUCCUGCAAAUCCCGAUGCAGCCACAAAGCCUCUGGACUACUCUGGUACACCCAGUCUCAGCCCUGGCUUCACUGUCUUUCAACUCAUGGGUCCCGGUGACAGCUUUGAUGGCAGUGACCAGAUCCUGCCCCACCACAUCUUGGGGAGUCUCCAGGACUUUAAGAGAAUUGCACUUGCUCGAGGGAACACCCGGCUGGCUGAGCUGAUACCUACCUCACCCUGUCUGAUGACCCUCAUCUCUGCUAAAGGAGAGUCAAAGCAAAAAGCCCCCAAAGAAGAGAAGAGACCUCCCUGGGCCCCACCUCCUCAGCACAACUUUCUCAAAAACUGGCAGCGUAACAUAGCCCUGCGGAAGAAGCAGCAGGAAGCCCUCAGUGAACACCUAAAGAAGCCGAUCAGUGAGCUGCUCAUGCACACUGGGGAGACCUACAGACGGAUCCAGGAGGAGCGGGAGCUCAUUGACUGCACACUUCCAACGCGGCGUGAUAGGAAAAGCUGGGAGAACAGUGGGUUCUGGAGUCGACUGGAAUACUUGGGAGAUGAGAUGACAGGUCUGGUCAUGACCAAGACAAAAACUCAGCGUGGCCUUAUGGAGCCCAUCACUCACAUCGGGAAGCCCCACUCCAUCCGGGUGGAGACAGGAUUACCAGCCCAGAGGGAUGCUUCAUACCGCUACACCUGGGAUCGGAGUCUAUUUCUGAUCUACCGACGCAAGGAGCUGCAGAAAAUCAUGGCAGAGCUGGAUUUCAGCCAGCAGGAUAUUGAUGGCCUGGAGGUGGUGGGCAAAGGGCAGCCCUUCUCAGCUGUUACUGUGGAAGACUACACAGUGUUUGAAAGAAGUCAGGGAAGCUCCUCUGAAGAGACAACAUACUUAGGCACAUUGGCCAGUUCCUCUGAUGUCCCCAUGCCUAUUCUCGGCCCUUCUCUUCUGUUCUGUGGGAAGCCAGCUUGCUGGAUCAGAGGCAGUAAUCCACAGGACAAGAGGCAGGUCGGGAUUGCUGUUCACUUGACCUUUGAAACCCUGGAAGGCGAGAAAACCUCCUCAGAACUGACUGUGGUCAAUAAUGGCACUGUGGCCAUUUGGUAUGACUGGCGACGGCAGCACCAACCGGAUACUUUUCAAGACCUGAAGAAAAACAGGAUGCAGCGAUUUUACUUUAACAGCCGGGAAGGUGUGAUUCUGCCUGGAGAAACUAAAACCUUUACCUUCUUCUUCAAGUCUUUGACUGCUGGGAUCUUCAGGGAAUGUUGGGAGUUUCGAACCCAUCCUACUCUAUUAGGAGGUGCUGUGCUGCAAGUCAAUCUCCAUGCAGUCUCCCUGACCCAGGAUGUUUUUGAGGAUGAGAGGAAAGUACUGGAGAGCAAACUGACGGCCCAUGAGGCAGUCACCAUCGUUCACGAAGUGCUGCAGGAGGUGCUGAUGGGGGUCUUGACCCCGGAGCGCACACCAUCACCUGUGGAUGCCUAUCUCACCAAGGAAGACUUGUUCCGGCACAGGAAUCCUCAGCUGCAUUACGAGCAUCAAGUGGUGCAAAGCCUGCAUGAACUGUGGCGCCAGUACAUGACCCUGCCCCCCAAGGCUGAGGAGGCCAGGCCAGGGGACAAGGAGCACGUCAGCCCCAUAGCCACAGAGAAGGCCUCUGUGAAUGCCGAGCUCUUACCACGCUUUAAGAGCCCCAUUUCUGAACCUCAAGUGCCCCAGCCUGAGAACGAGGCCCUCAGGGUAUCCGGGUCCCAGAAGGCCAGAGUGGGAACCAAGAGUCCUCAGCAGAAGAGCAUCAUGGAGGAGAUUCUGGUGGAGGAAAGCCCAGAUGUGGACAGCGCCAAGAGCCCCUGGGAGCCGGAUGGCCUUCCCCUGCUGGAGUGGAAUCUCUGCUUGGAGGAUUUCAGAAAGGCAGUGAUGGUGCUCCCUGAUGAGAACCAGAGAGAGGAUGCGCUGAUGAGGCUUAACAAAGCAGCCCUGGAGCUGUGCCAGAAGCCAAGGCCAUUGCAGUCCAACCUCCUGCACCAGAUGUGUUUGCAGCUGUGGCGAGAUGUGAUUGACAGCCUGGUGGGCCAUUCCCUGUGGCUGAGGUCUCUGCUGGGCCUGCCUGAGAAGGAGACCAUCUAUUUGAAUGUGCCUGAAGAGCAAGAUCAAAAAUCACCUCCCAUCAUGGAAGUGAAGGUACCUGUGGGGAAAGUUGGGAAGGAGGAGCGGAAAGGAGCAGCCCAGGAAAAGAAGCAACUGGGGAUCAAAGACAAAGAAGACAAGAAAGGAGCCAAGGUACUCAGGAAGGAGUCAUGCUGGGGCCAGGACCGUCCCAACAGCAAGAAGCACAGGGCAAAGGACGACAAGAAAGUCAUAAAAUCUACAAGUCGGGACAGGUUUUCCUUGGAAGACCCUAUCCCUGACAUCAACCUCCCUUCUCAAGAACCCAUAGACCCCCUGGUCAUGGAGAAAUACACCCAGAGGCUGCACAGCGAGGUCCAUGGGCUGCUGGACACCCUGGUGACCGACCUGAUGGUCCUGGCUGAUGAGCUCAGCCCCAUAAAGAAUGUCGAGGAGCCUUUGCAUCUCUGCAGGUGA